AUGGAUUUCAGGAGUCCAGUGGUGGUGACUCCCCCUUUGGAGGCCGUAGAAGAGUUGGAAGCUACACCGAUUGAUGACCAACCGACUGUGAGAUCUAUGACGCAAAAGGUUCUUGAUUGUAUAAAUGAUGAAAUAUUGAGAUUUUUGUAUGGGUUACAGUGUCUCGUAAUCCAAAUAUGGCAAGCAUACAUAGGAAGAUUGGAGAUCGGUUGUGCCUUGAUUUGUCUGGGGUGGAGGUCGAGUGCAAGAGAUGAACUAUUGACAAUUUUAAGAAACAAUAGAUUUUUGCUGAUUUUGGACGAUGUGUGGGAGAGAUUGGAACUGAAAGAAAUUGGAAUUCCUCGACCAACUGUUAAGAACAACUGUAAGGUUUUCCUAACAACUCGGAAUUGUGAUUUGUGCAGUGAAUUGGAGGCCAACAUAAGCAUUGAAGUAAAAAAAUUACCAAAGGCAGAAGCAUGAAGUUUGUUCAAGAAGAAAGCAGGUCGACAAGUUGCCUCUACAUCAAUAGAAUCCCUCGCCGAGACCAUUAUCAAAACAUGUGAUGGUCUACCGCUUGCACUCAUCACAGUUGCACAGGCUAUGGCGAACAAAGAAAGCAUGGAAGAGUGGGAGGAUACUAUAACCAAAAUGAACUGGUCUGCUUCAAAUUUACAUGGCAUGGUUCAAUACUGUAUAGUAGAUAACCCUAGUACUCUCGAUGCCACACGUAACAGGGGUUAUGCUUUGCUCGAAUGCCUUAAAACAACAUGCAUGAUAGAAAGUGGUAUCGAUGAACAAACAAUGAAAAUGCACAACAUGAUGCGAGAAUUGGCAUUAUGGAUCACUUCUCUUAUGUCUAUUCAUGGCCCUAACUUCAUAGUAAAAACUUCCUCAAUUGCCAAAGAGCCCCAAACUUCGCAUAAAAAAUCCCAACAGGUCAUCCCUCAAUUUCAUUUCAUUGAAUGUAUGCAUGCCUUUUGUGAGUUUGAUCUCUCUAGGACUGGGAUUGAAUCCCUACCUCAUUCCCUAUCAAACUUAGUGAACCUCCGCAUUUUUUGUUUAAAAGACUGUUUUGAACUUGAAGAGCCACCACCAGAAAUUGGAGAGCUUCAAGGACUCCAACUUUUGGAUCUUCAAGGGUGCAUUAAUAUGAAGGAGCUACCUUUGAGAUUGGGGCAUUUAAUAAAUCCGAGGCACCUGGAUAUAUCUUACAUUGAGUACCUUCAAAAUAUUCCACCUAAGGUAUUGUCUGGGUUGCGUAGUUUGGAGGAGUUGAAUGCAUGGUUAACUGAAGACGAUUGGGAUGCUGAUGCUGAUGAUACCGCAGAUUGGAGUGAAGCGUGCUUGGCAGAACUGAACUACUUGUCAUGCUUGACCACUCUUGACAUUUCUCUGCAUUGUUCUCAUAUAUUUCCUCAUACUAUGAAGCUGUUGGGGAAGAGAACACGAAUGCUAAAUUUUGAAAGCUGCACCAUCAUAGAUAGGCGAGCAGCAUUGGCUCCUUUAAUAGAGGCACACAGCUUACGGUCUAUGUCUUUCUUCAAAAGUAGAGGUUUGACAUGGCUUCGCCCUCUCAACAUCUCUGAGCAGCUUUAUAUUGACCAAUGCGACGAUCUGGGCUGUCUGGUGCACUCUGAGGAUGCCAAGGAUAUAGAUGCAUUUAAGACAUUGGUGAUGCUGAAUCUUGCUUUGCUGCCUAGCUUUGAAAGGAUAUGUGAAGGCAGCCCUCCGUAUGGAUGCUUUGGAUUACUAAAGGAAAUAGAAGUAUAUCAAUGUCCAAGAUUGGUGUUCUCUUCACCAGUGGUACAACAGCUCAAAAAUCUCACUCAAAUUUAUGUUACGUUUUGUGACGAAAUAAAGGCAUUAAUUGAAGAUGAGGAGAUGGAUGAGGAUGUAUUGCCCAAGUUAAGAACAUUGAAACUAAAUGAUCUACCAAAGCUAGCCACCAUAUGUGGUGAGUGUGAGUUGAAUUGGCCAUUGUUGGAGGAGCUAGUCGUGUUUCGUUGUUCGAGGUUAAAGAAGGUCCCUCUUUGCCUUGAGAGUGUAGACCGAUUACAGAAUGGUAAAGGAGAUCAGAAAUGGUGGAAAUGCCAAGACAUCUGGUCCCACGUUGAACUGCGCUUCAAGGAUCUUUGAUGAGGGAUAAGAGUGGGACAACUAAUGUUUAACUACACAUACUCAUUUUCCUAUCUCACUUAAUCUUUUAACUUCCCUAGAAAAUGCAAGGUCCUUGGUAUGUGCGUGU